AAACAACACUGCAUUGUUCAGGGGGAACCAUAACAUCGUCGGACACUGUGUGGUCUCUAAGCUGACAGCGUUUUUGAAGGGAUGUGUGAAGCAGCAGAGAAGAACCUGUAUGCUGUCUUGGGAGCCAGCCCCUCAGACUCAGUCCAGCAGCUCAGACACAGGUACCAGCAGCUGGCCUUACAGUACCAUCCAGAUCGUCUCAGAGGUGAGUGUCCUUCAGAAGCAGAGUCUGCUGUGAAGAAGUUUCUAGAAGUUGAUGAAGCUUGGAAGAUCCUUAGUGACCAGAACACCAGGAGACAGUAUGACCUGCAGAGGAGAGCACUGGAACUGAAACAGGAUUGGCCUGUGGAUUCUACAGUCUAUCUGGACGACAUGACCUGGGAUCCAGAUGAGUGUGUGUAUACAUACAGCUGUCGCUGUGGAGGAGGAUUCAAUGUCUCUGAGGAAGAGGUGGAGGAGGAGACACAGAGGAGGCAGCUGGAUAAUGAAGAGGAGGACACAAAGGACGAAGAGCACAGAGGAGUGGUUGUUUGCUGUGAUACAUGUUCCCUCAGUGUGUAUGUCACAUGGUUAUUACGUAGAAAGACUCAAAUGUUAAAAUGCCAAUAAUAAUCCUUGUUUGGAAACCUGCCGAGCCUGGCUACCUCACAAUUGUGUCAACAUUACCCUCUAUGGAGGAGGACACCAAAUCAUCAAUGUGUUGGUCAGUCGAAGUAAAAAGUGGAAGAGUUCUCUCAGUGUCUCAGACUUUGCCUUCACUGUCUCCAUCACUUCUGUUAAGGGCCCCAUGAAGCAAGGCACCAAUAAAACCGCUUACUCAUGCUCUUUUUCAACCAACAUGGAAUCGGUUCUGUUCCUACACCUAAUUAUGAACCGUUCUGAGCAUUUUGACUAAUAAAUAAAUUGGUUCAGACCCUGAAAAGUUGGUUCUCAGUUGGAACCAAAAGCAGGUUUGUCUUCACUGGAGUUUGAACCAUGAUGACAUCAAUGGCCAUGUCAUACUAUACAGGUUGGAAAGAGGAUGGACAGGGCAACAAUGGAGAGGUCAAUGGAAAGCACUUUGUGCUACAUUUUUGUAUGAAAAGUGAUUUAUAAAUAAAGAUUGAUUGAUUGAUUGAAGUGAGAAAUCA